CCCCAUGAUUACAACGGCUUCCUACCUACGAGGACUGAGUCACCUCGUCCUUAAGUUUACGACGCCAGAGCAAGGGGAAGGGGAGUCCUUUGUGAAUUCGCCCUACACAACUGGCAGUGGGAAAUCGACCAAAAAGGUCCUUUUCUAAGCGAAACGUUCGGCUCCGUAUAAACAACCAAUUAGUGGCGAAAGGGGGCCGGAGCCAGACUGCGCAAGCGCAUUACCUGCCGGCCCGGCGCGGGCGACCGUGCGGUCUCGGCCCGAGGCGUGCGCGCCUGCGCGGAGCCAGGGGGCGGGGCCCUCAUGCGUCCCGGUUGCCUGGAUACCUCUGCGACACAAUUGGUGCCGCUGGCGCUUCCGGGCUGUGACUAGAAGGGGCAGUUGGCCUUCACUUUCCGAGGAGCCCGAGGAGGAGCGGCUGAAAGACCCGGCCGGCCACCCCGGACCUCGCGAAGCCGGCCUUCUGGCCCGCCCCCAAGCCCGGGAGCCCGGCCCCGCCACAAACCCCAGGUCCCCUCCAGGCUCCAGAUCCGGGGAGGCUGGGCGGCCAGACCCUUGAGCUGCGCCUGCGCCCCGAGGCUCAAGCCCCCACACGCAGCGCACCUUGAUUCUUCGCAGCCUGGUCCCGGUCUGCGGAGAGCUAUGCCGCUUCCCGACACCAUGUUCUGCGCGCAGCAGAUCCACAUUCCCCCGGAACUGCCGGACAUCCUGAAGCAGUUCACCAAGGCUGCGAUCCGCACCCAGCCCGCCGACGUGCUGCAGUGGUCCGCGGGGUAUUUUUCAGCUUUGUCAAGAGGAGAUCCGCUUCCUGUCAAGGACAGAAUUGAAAUGCCCGUGGCCACUCAGAAAACGGACACAGGCCUGACUCAAGGACUCCUGAAAGUUUUGCACAAGCAGUGUAGCCACGAGCAGUAUGUGGAAUUAGCACAUCUUGAGCAGAAAUGGAAAAAUCUGUGCCUGCCGGUAGAAAACUUCAGAACUCUGCUGCAGCUGGAUCCUUGCGAAAACAAAAUCGAGUGGAUAAAAUUUUUAGCGCUCGGAUGUAGCAUGCUUGGUGGGUCACUGAACACUUCGAUGAAGCAUCUGUGUGAGAUCCUGACCACGGACCCCGAGGGCGGGCCCGCGCGCAUCCCUUUUGAGACUUUCUCCUACAUCUACCGUUACUUGUCCAAGAUGGACUCGGACGUCCCCGAGGGGGACACAGAGUCCUAUCUCGCCACUUUAAAGGACACUGUAGACUCUAGAAAGAACGGCAUGAUAGGACUUCCAGAUUUCUUCAUUCUGACAAGGAAAGUUUAGGAAACCUCGAAGAGAAAGUGCAGAAGACAGAGCCAUUAAUACAGAAGAGAACGCUUCUUAACGUCAAGUGGUGCCUUUGUAAAACGUCGGCACCAAAUACAGCUUGUCAUUAACCACA